CUGCCGAGGGGCAGGGGCGGGCCGCGUACCCCUCAGCCGGGCGCGGCGGCGGCGGCGGCGCAGAGCAGCUCUCGGAGCUCUGGCUGCAGCCUGCUGGUGUCUGCGGCGAUCGCGGGGAGCCGCUGAGCCGCGGCCGAGGGCGUUCCUUGUGUUGCCAGGAUUGCGAUCCCUGCUGGAAAGGGUGACCUCAAGGCCAGCAAGAUGGCGGGAGCAUCUGUGAAGGUGGCGGUGCGAGUGCGUCCAUUCAACUCCCGUGAGAUGGGCCGGGAUUCCAAAUGCAUCAUCCAGAUGACAGGAAACACCACCACCAUCGUUAACCCAAAGCAGCCCAAAGAGAUGCCCAAAAGCUUCAGCUUUGACUAUUCCUAUUGGUCUCACACCACGCCCGAAGACAUCAAUUAUGCAUCUCAGAAGCAGGUGUACCAGGACAUCGGGGAGGAAAUGUUGCAGCAUGCCUUCGAGGGCUAUAACGUCUGUAUCUUUGCCUAUGGGCAGACAGGUGCUGGCAAAUCCUACACCAUGAUGGGGAGGCAGGAGAAGGAUCAGCAAGGCAUCAUCCCGCAGCUGUGCGAGGACCUCUUCUCCCGAAUCAACGACACCACGAAUGACAACAUGUCCUAUUCUGUGGAGGUGAGCUACAUGGAGAUAUAUUGUGAGCGUGUGCGGGACCUGCUGAACCCCAAGAAUAAGGGGAACCUGAGGGUAAGGGAGCACCCCCUCCUGGGUCCCUAUGUUGAGGACCUCUCCAAGCUGGCCGUCACUUCCUACAAUGACAUCCAGGACCUGAUGGACUCUGGGAAUAAAGCCAGGACGGUCGCUGCCACAAACAUGAACGAAACCAGCAGCCGAUCACAUGCUGUCUUCAACAUCAUCUUCACCCAGAAACGGCACGAUGCAGAAACUGAUGUCACCACCGAGAAGGUCAGCAAAAUCAGCCUGGUCGACCUGGCUGGGAGUGAACGGGCCGACUCUACAGGGGCCAAGGGCACGAGGCUAAAGGAGGGAGCAAACAUCAACAAGUCUCUGACCACGCUGGGGAAGGUCAUCUCUGCGCUGGCUGAAAUGGAUUCGGGGCCCAAUAAGAACAAAAAGAAGAAAAAGACAGACUUCAUCCCGUACCGGGACUCCGUGCUGACCUGGCUCCUCCGGGAAAACCUGGGUGGUAACUCCAGGACUGCUAUGGUUGCUGCUCUCAGCCCUGCUGAUAUCAACUACGAUGAGACCCUCAGUACUUUAAGGUAUGCUGACCGUGCCAAACAGAUCAGAUGCAACGCCGUCAUUAAUGAGGAUCCUAACAAUAAGCUGAUCAGGGAGCUGAAGGAUGAAGUGGCUCGUCUGAGAGAUCUGCUCUAUGCCCAGGGUCUCGGAGACAUCAUUGACAUGACCAAUGCCUUAGUGGGGAUGAGCCCGUCCUCCUCGCUUUCAGCCUUGUCCAGCCGAGCUGCCUCCGUCUCUAGCCUCCAUGAACGCAUCAUGUUUGCUCCGGGCAGUGAAGAGGCCAUUGAGAGGCUGAAGGAAACAGAGAAGAUCAUUGCUGAGCUGAACGAGACCUGGGAAGAAAAGUUGCGGAGGACAGAAGCAAUCCGCAUGGAGAGGGAAGCUUUGCUGGCAGAAAUGGGCGUGGCCAUGAGAGAAGAUGGAGGCACGCUGGGUGUUUUCUCUCCAAAAAAGACACCUCACCUGGUCAAUCUGAAUGAGGACCCGCUGAUGUCUGAAUGCCUUCUGUACUACAUUAAGGAUGGGAUAACCAGGGUCGGCCGAGAGGACGCGGAGAGGAGGCAGGACAUCGUGCUGAGUGGACACUUCAUUAAGGAAGAGCACUGCAUUUUCCGCAGCCACACGAAGGCCGGUGGCGAAGUAGUGGUGACACUAGAACCUUGCGAAGGGGCCGACACCUACGUCAAUGGCAAAAAAGUGAUGGAACCCAGUGUCCUGCGAUCUGGAAACCGCAUCAUCAUGGGGAAGAGCCACGUGUUCCGAUUCAACCACCCUGAGCAGGCUCGCCAGGAGCGGGAGCGGACCCCAUGUGCAGAGACCCCCGCAGAGCCAGUGGACUGGGCCUUCGCGCAGCGAGAGCUGCUGGAGAAACAAGGCAUUGACAUGAAGCAGGAGAUGGAGCAGAGGCUUCAGGAACUGGAGGACCAAUACCGCAAAGAGAGAGAAGAGGCCAACUAUCUUCUUGAGCAGCAGAGGCUGGACUAUGAGAGUAAACUAGAGGCUUUACAGAAGCAGAUGGACUCCAGGUAUUAUCCUGAGGCCAAUGAGGAAGAGGAAGAGCCUGAAGAUGAAGUGCAGUGGACUGAACGGGAGUUUGAGCUGGCCCUCUGGGCCUUCAGGAAGUGGAAGUGGUACCAAUUCACAUCACUCCGGGACCUGCUGUGGGGCAAUGCAAUUUUCUUAAAGGAGGCCAAUGCCAUUAGCGUGGAGCUGAAGAAGAAAGUCCAGUUCCAGUUCGUCCUCCUCACAGACACUCUUUACUCACCUCUGCCUCCCGACCUGCUGCCCCCCAAUGCUGCCAAAGAUCGAGAGAAACGUCCCUUUCCACGAACCAUUGUGGCUGUGGAAGUGCAGGACCAGAAGAAUGGAGCAACACAUUACUGGACUCUGGAGAAACUCAGACAGAGGCUGGAUCUGAUGCGUGAAAUGUACGACAGGGCAGCAGAAGUGCCUUCUAGCAUCCUUGAGGACUGUGACAACGUUGUGACGGGCGGAGAUCCCUUCUAUGACCGUUUCCCCUGGUUCAGACUGGUUGGCAGUUCAGAUAUCUCUGGCUGCAACAGCUCUCCUCUUUUCAACACAUGCAUGAGCGAGCGCAUGGCUGAUCUCACCCCCUCCCCCACCUUCUCGAACCCCGACUCCGACAUCACCGAGCCUGCUGACGAGCAGCACGUGGGGAAGGAGGAGGAGGAGGAGGAGGAGGAGGACCUGGAGGAAGACAUCUUUCCGGAGUACCCGCUGUAUGAUGGCCGGGAUCCAUUUUACGACCGCUCCCCCCUGUUCAGUUUAGUAGGAAGGGCAUUUGUGUAUCUCAGCAACCUGCUGUACCCGGUGCCGCUGGUGCACCGCGUCGCCAUUGUCAGUGAGAAGGGCGAGGUGAAGGGCUUCCUGCGCGUAGCAGUCCAGGCCAUCGCAGCGGAUGAAGAAGCCCCGGAUUAUGGUUCGGGAGUACGGCAGUCAGGGACAGCCAAAAUAUCCUUUGAUGAUCAGCACUUUGAGAAGUUCCAGUCUGAGGCCUGUCCCAUGGCGGGGAUGUCUCGUUCGGGGACCUCGCAGGAGGAACUGCGGAUUGUUGAAGGCCAGGGGCAGAUAACUGACAUCGGACCUUCUGCAGAUGAAGUCAACAACAACACCUGUGCAGUGACUCCAGAUGAUCUCCUCCUGGACAAUCCAGAGAAAGUUGCUCUAGAUGAGCCAUUGGAAGCAGUUCUGGACCAUCUGACUCUGGGCAGCAUCUUCACCUUCCGAGUGACUGUUCUGCAGGCCUCCAGCAUCUCUGCAGAAUAUGCAGAUAUCUUCUGCCAGUUUAACUUUAUCCAUCGUCACGAUGAGGCCUUUUCAACGGAACCCUUGAAGAACACAGGACGAGGGCCGCCUCUAGGGUUCUAUCAUGUCCAGAACAUUGCAGUGGAGGUGACCAAGUCGUUCAUUGAGUACAUCAAAAGCCAGCCGAUUGUGUUUGAGGUGUUUGGGCAUUAUCAGCAGCAUCCCUUCCCUCCUCUCUGCAAGGACGUGCUCAGCCCACUGAGACCAUCCCGACGCCACUUCCCCCGGGUCAUGCCAUUGUCCAAGCCAGUGCCAGCGACGAAGCUGAGCACCCUGGCGCGUCCCAGCGCCGGGCCCUGCCAGUGCAAAUACGAUCUGAUGGUCUUCUUUGAGAUCUGCGAGCUGGAGGCCAAUGGCGAUUACAUUCCUGCGGUCGUUGAUCACCGUGGAGGGAUGCCGUGCCAUGGAACCUUCCUGCUCCACCAGGGAAUCCAGAGGAGGAUCACCGUGACGUUAGUGCAUGAAAACAGCAGCCUUGUCCGCUGGAAAGAAGUGCGAGAGCUGGUUGUGGGUCGGAUCCGAAACACCCCAGAAGGGGACGAGUCUCUCAUCGACCCCAACAUCUUGUCUCUGAACAUCCUGUCAUCUGGAUACAUCCACCCUUCCCAGGAUGAUCGGCAGUUUCUUGAUUCGGAUAUGCCUAGGACGUUUUACCAGUUUGAAGCAGCGUGGGACAGCUCCAUGCACAACUCCCUGCUGUUGAACCGAGUCACCCCUUACAGAGAGAAAAUCUUCAUUACCCUGUCUGCUUACAUUGAGAUGGAGAACUGCACCCAGCCAGCUGUGAUCACCAAAGAUUUCUGCAUGGUCUUCUACUCCAGAGAUGCCAAACUUCCAGCGUCUCGCUCCAUCCGCAAUCUCUUUGGCAGCGGGAGCCUGCGGGCCUCAGAGAGUAACCGUGUGACUGGGGUGUAUGAGCUCAGCCUUUGCCGUGUGGCUGAUGCCGGCAGUCCAGGUAUGCAGAGACGACGCAGGCGUGUGCUGGACACCUCUGUUGCAUACGUGCGGGGCGAGGAGAACCUGGCUGGGUGGAGACCUCGAAGUGACAGCCUCAUCCUGGAUCAUCAGUGGGAACUGGAGAAACUCAGCCUCCUACAAGAGGUUGAGAAGACGAGGCACUACCUCCUCCUGCGUGAGAAGCUGGAGACGACCCAAAGAUCAGGCCUGGAGUCCCUGUCCCCAUGUUCCAGUGAGGAAUCCGACUCCCAUAGCACUUCCUGUGUCUCCUCUCCACUCUCGGCAGAUGGUGCCUCAGAGGACAGGAGCUCGCCCUUGGAGACCCCCAGCGAGAGGCAAAAAGAGCUUGCCGUCAAGUGCUUGCGUCUCCUCACACAUACAUUUAACAGAGAGUACAGUCACAGCCAUGUCUGCAUCAGCGCCAGCGAGAGCAAGCUGUCAGAAAUGUCUGUAACCCUGCUGAGAGACCCCUCCAUGCCAGCUCUUGGUGUCACCACCCUGACUCCCUCUUCUACCUGCCCAUCACUGCUAGAAGGACAGUAUAAUGCCACUGAGGUCAGAACCUCCCAUCUCUCUUCCAGGGCAGAAAGCCCUGAGCCAGAACCCGUAGUGGAGGAGAACCGAAGAAAUCCUACACGUGGGUCUGAAGAUGAGAAAGAGACGCAGCGCUUACUGGUCCCGAUAAUUCAGGAGAUCCGGGUGAGUCCCAUUGUCUCAAAGAAAGGCUACCUGCAUUUCCUCGAGCCUCACACCAACGGCUGGGUGAAGCGCUAUGUGGUUGUGAGGCGCCCCUAUGUCUACAUCUACAACACAGACAAGGACUCUGUGGAGAGAGCCAUCCUCAACCUCUCCUCUGCUCAGGUGGAGUACAGUGAGGACCAGCAGGCCAUGCUCAAGACCCCCAACACGUUUGCAGUAUGCACGGAGCAUCGUGGAAUCCUUCUUCAGGCAAGCAGCGACAAGGACAUGCACGACUGGCUGUACGCAUUUAACCCUCUGCUAGCUGGAUCCAUAAGAUCCAAGCUGUCCAGAAGGAGAACAGCCCAGAUGAGAAUCUAACUUAAAACCGCUCUCCACCUCAUCUGUCUGCCAGCAGGAUCAAGACUGCUGGUUCUAUACAAGAGUCCCUAUCUUAAUGUCAAAUCUUUUAUGCCAUCCACCACCCCAGCUGCCUGCUCCAGAAAUGGAUCCAUCUCGAUUUACACCUUCACUGGGAAAAUGCAUUUCUGUUAUAUCUGCAAAAGCCUGGUACAGCCUGGUCAUGAUUUCUUGUGCACAUGUGAUCUUCUGCCCAUCUCCUCAUUGAGUGACCUUGGUGUCACAUGAACCUGUAACUUUCAAAAGCAGGAGCUGUGUUUUUUAUUUUAAAGCAAGGCUACAAUUUAAGGAGGCAGGAGCAUUUGAAAGGUCAGAGAUUACAAGUCAUGAGGAAUUGCUUCCAUGUGAAGAGAAAGUGAUAGAUUUAAGUACUGAUACUUCUUAAUUUAUUGACAUAUAAAAAAAGAUAGAUUAAGUUAUGGUAGUUUGAGAUUAUAUUUAUAAAGUAUUUAUUUCUAUUUACUUCACUGCAAUCUGUAUGUUCAGUUUAUCCCGUUUUGUUGUCAUGUCUGCACACAUAAAGCCUCCCCCAGGGAAGGCAGAGCCUUGGAAGGUGGGCCAGUGGGGAGGGGGUUGUCAGGCCGUUUUGUGAUGCCAUCUUUGUCUUCUUUCUCAAUCCCCAGCACUGGGAGGUCUGGAUGGAUUCAGGAGGUCAUGCUCCCACCUGUGUGCAAACACGUACACACUGACUUCAGAACUCUCCCCCUCCUGCCCCCACCACAUCUCCUUAGUCCUGAUCCCAGAGCUCAAACCACUUUUCCUCCAGGUGGUGACUGGAUAGUGCACUAUGCCAUCCCAAACGAGGCAAUCCACACAUAGCACAGCAAAGACAUGCACACAGACAAGUCACCACACUUAUCGAAGCACUUUGUGUGUGUAUCCCAUCCCCUCCAUUCCCCCAAGUGCUUGAAACCCAGGUAGACUGCAAUGAUGACAGGUUCUGGUUGGUUCUACGCAGGAGAUUUGGUUUGGGGUUCUUACCUCUAUUCUGUCUGUUUUCAGGGCCCCACCUCAAAUGGGGUGAAAGGGAUGGAAAGGGGAUCUGAAGUUCUGGAAGGGCAGAUGGUUCUGUCAAUCCACUUUUGGGGUAGGGUGCUGUUCGAACGCUCCCAAUGAGUACAAUGCAGCCUGCCUCUCAAUAUCCUCAGUCACCUUCUAGUAAGUAUGCAGGCCAUCUAUACUGUACUGUACUAAUCUCUAGCUGGGAAACCUCCAAGAGGAUUAAUCAGUGUCACAGGGACUCACACUGCACAUGGGACUCAGGAAUCCUCUCUGAUAAAACCCACCCAGCUGGGAAGUGGGGAGAGGCCAGGAGGGAUUGCAUCCCGACAGUGAGUAUAAUAUGAAGAGAGAUGACAGACCUGUCUUUUGCAUUACUGCAGACCUGCAUUCUGUUUAGCUACCAAUAGCUUGUUCAGGGCUACCAGGUGGCUACUGCAGCCAAAUGCUGGUUCAUUAGUGAAUCCUGGGGCAUUGCCCAUAUAGUUACAUCUGUGCAGAUGGUCCGAGUUAAUAAAGGGUUGUUACUGGGGUGGGAGGGGGUGUCAAAGCUAGAUCAUAAAAUUACACUGGAGCCUAAAUUCAGAACAGUUGUCUUGAACCAGAUGGCUGAGUCUCACUGUCCUUUUCUGAAAGGGCUUUUACUUCUCUUCUCUUUCAUAUGGGAAGAAUCUGUUUGCAGCAAUUGAAUGGGUAGCAAAGAGAAUGGCAUGGGGAUGGGCAAGGAUGAGAGAAAUUGCGACUUCUCUUUACUUUUAUAUGUGAUUACAUUGUCUUAUUCCCCUCCCCCAUUUAAAACAUUAACUUCAUCCUCUUUCCCCUUGCCCCACCUCUCUAUCAGGCUUAGACUGCCUCCACAGAACAGCUAAGUUGGUGGGGGAAGCAUACCAAAGCAGACAUAUGACAUCAUUAAUAACCCCUCUCCCCAUGGAAAGGACCUGGUCAGGUAGUGCUGACCUUGCUAUAAGCUUUUUAAAGUAACUUAAGCAGCAAAGGUCUUUAUAAAUUUUUAAUUACCCAGAUUGUUUAAUUAAGAUUUCCAGUUGGUCGUAUGCACCCAACUCCAGGCAGAAACAGGGGGAGCUCACCCUCCCUCCAUACAUAUACCAGGAGCAUCGCUGGUCCAUGCUUCAUCCUCACACUUCACGGCUGACCUUAAUUUGCACAGGACGGCUGUGCCUUGGUUCUCUUAGGCACUUUUCCAUCCUCUCUGUUGUGUUUGUUGAGUAUUGUAUGUGUGGCUCCAAGUGGAGAUGGUCUAUGCAGUGUAUUUCUCCUUUCACUUUUUCUUAUUUUGGGGAGGCUAGGGCAUGGGGUAAGGGGACAUGUGGGGAGCCCAACAAAGCCUCCAUGCAACCUCAAUGGGCUGGUAGAGAUGUCACACACACACACACACAAAAGCUCCCAGCAAACUGCCCACCACCAUGCUGCAGUGUGAAGAAAGAUUUCAUUCCUCAGCCUCUGCCUCCUGUCUGCACAGAGACAGUGCAUUUGUAUUGAGCCACUGUUUAGCUCAGCUCUCAUGCUGCAUGACGAGUGCUUUUUUUUCCCUCUGGACCCCGAUUUGCUUUUGACCAGCUCCACGGCAUCACUACCAUUCCCAGGGAAUUUCAUUCUAUCUCACAGACCUGGAUGGCACUGCAGGUUCCUGCAGGGAACAGUGUCAGUGCAGGUGCCAGUGCUUGUUCCUUUCAGUGGGCUUUUCUUCUUUGUGCCAGUCCUACAUGGGCAGAUGGGUUAGACAGCAACUUGCUGACCCAGGUGAAGGUCUCUUGUUUUUACAGCUGUUCCUUAUGGACUUAGAAUUAUUUUUUUAAAUCCAGGACUGAAUUUUAAUAAUUAAAUUAAAUGCCUAAUGCCUGGGAUAAGUGCUUUAUACAUACAAACAAAUCUUAUGUGUUAUUAUCUACACAAAGAGAGAUGCUUUGCCCUCAAUGAGAAUCUGCAAGAGAGAAACUCCAAACUAUGGCCUCAGUUCAGAAAAGCAUGUUUAGCACAUACUUAUGUCCAUCCGCAUCCAGCAAAGCAAUCAAGCAUGUGCUUAAAUCACACUGAAUGGAAUUAAGCACAUAUCUAAUGUUUAGCACAGCGGCAGGCAACCUAUGGCACACGUGCCAAAGGUGGCACACAAGCUGAUUUUCAGUGGCACUCACACUGCCAAGGUACUGGCCACCGGUCCGGGGGGCUCUGCAUUUUAAUUUAAUUUUAAAUGAAGAUUCUUAAACCUUUGAAAAACCUUAUUUACUUUACAUACAACAAUAGUUUAGUUAUAUAUUAAAGACUUAUAGAAAGAGACCUUCUAAAAACGUUAAAAUGUAUUACCGGCACGCAAAACCUUAAAUUAGAGUGAAUAAAUGAAGACUCGGCACACCAUUUCUGAAAGGUUGCCGACCCCUGGUUUAGCACAUGCCUCAGUUUUUUGCUGACUGCUGAAUCAAGACCUAGAACAGUUAGAGCACUCCUCCCCUUGUGUAUAUAUCCAUAUUAAUCAGUCUUAAGUUCUAGGGUUUUUUAAUUCUCAAUUCUUUGUUCUAUCUCCCAGCUUAUAAGGGAGCUUUCAUAGAAAGGACUAGGGCUCAAACCUCAACCCAAAGAACUGAUUGUCAGCUGGUGAAAAUACAUUUCAGCAAUCUCUGCUCUGGCAGCAAAUAGGUCCUUCCACUGAGGCCCUGAUGAUGGCCAAUGGAAAGUCUGCCAUCAGCUUCAGUGCAUUUUGAAUCAGGCCCUUGGUAAAGACCACUUGGCUUGAGUACCUAUUUUAACAUACUUCAUAGUCAAAAACUUGUUGUUUUGAUGCAGUUUCUAAGAAAUGUCCUGAAUGGCUGGUACUGUCCUAUCAAGAGCUAGUGUAAACCAAAGUGUUCUGGAGCCAGUCUUAGGAAGCAUAUGAAAUUUUAAGCCCCUUCCUUUGGUAAAACAGGCUUAUUAAAUUUCCGUUCUCAUCCCAACUGAACUCUGGAUUUUCAGUGCAAAUCAAGACAUUCUUGGACUUCUGUUUUUUUUUUUAUCUCUCAUUCAGUCUCAUUCUCAGAGAUUUCUCCAGGUUAGAGCUGUCUAGAGUGGAGGUAGCUAGGUUAUAAAAGUAUAUCACCAUGCUUCCUUAUAUACAUGCCUGUAUUUGUUUUGGACUAGACACAGAAUCACAGGAGACAAUGGGAGAAAAAUGAGGAAGGGAUGCAAAUGCCAGUGUUGGGUCCUCUGGGAAUCUCUGCCAGAUCAGAGAGGAAGGAUGGCUUGGGUGUGAUACUGUUAUGGGUCUUGCCUUAGGUCAGCGAUCCUGAAGAGCAUGGUCUUGAUGGUUUGGUUAUGGAGAAGACAUCUGGUUUCACUCAGUCAGUGCUGUGUGCCUGAGGUCAGCAAACCUGCAGAGCACACUACUUUUCUGAGUUAGAGACAGGUCUGAUCCAAAGACAGUGGGAGUCUUUCCAUUGACACCAGUGGGUUUGGAUCAGGCCGCAAAUAUAAAGAUCUAGAGUUGAGGAGUAAUGACUGCUUAUGGGACUUAUACUGGCUCCCAAUAAAAUAUCCAAAUAGCAGCCAUCUGCUGUUCAUGUGGAUUCCCCAAAAGGUUUAUUUUCUUUAGUACCGUCCGGGGAAUGGCUGGAGAGUCCUAAUUCUAUAUCUUCUAUAUCUGGAGAGUCCUCUUCUAUAUCUGACACCCCACACCUUUCCUUAACUUAGCAUCCCUGCUGUUGAGAGUCCCACCCAGAGAGACAUACAUUCUCAAAAAUUCAAGUAGAUGAUACAUGCAUCAGCCCUUAGAGUAGUUGAGGCUAAAUUCUAUUCAUUGUUCUUUCCAUUGGAUUUGAGGAUGAAAAGGGUCUUCAACAUUUAAACAUUAAAGAUUGGGUAAAUCUUCUAGCUUCGGUCAAAGCUGAGGCAUAGAAACUUUGUUGUGAGGGUAAGAAUGGCACAGGAAAAGACCCAUAUAGUCCUUAUAAUGAAGAAACAAUCCAAAAUGGGUGCAUUUGGAGAAGUCAUCCAGUAUGUUUCAACAUGUGUAGAUGAAUUUGAAAACUAAUUGAAUUCAGUGUGACACAGCUGAGUUGUACACUGGUCACUCAGAAGUAACAGCAGUUGCACAGUAAUAGAAGCAUACUGUUUCCUUGGUGUAACAGAGGUCAGUGAGAUACAAUGAUGUCAUCAAAGUUAAUCAUGACUUAUCAGGAAGGUAGGAUAAGAGGUAAUUUAAUUGAACAAGUUUGUCAUGGGGAAACAGCUUCAAAAUCAAUGGACUGUCUUUGCCUGGCCUUUUGUAAUCAUGCAAGGGGCAGUCAUUUGUCUACAUCAAGUUUUUCGUAUGAAGCACCCAUCCUGAUGAUCCUCAGCCAACAAUGAGGUACUCACUCAAAAAAAGAAAUACCAGUUCUUCAAAGGGCCCUCAGAGAACUGCUGGUUUUGUAACCACAGAGAAAGAUUUCCCAAAUUGACCUCAAAAGAAACAAGCAAGAAGAAGUUGAGUUUUUACAGUGGGAAAGGAGGCAACACUUGACUGAGAACUGGAGGAGCUCACAUAAGCAUUUCCAGCUGUGACCAGUGAUGCAUGUCAUAAACAGCAGCAGCCCGUAAGAGCUUACACCUUUCUAAGAUGCUCUUACUGUCUCUCUUUCUGUUUGGUAAUCAAUGAGCUGUAUGAAGGAACUCUUCAUGAGAUUCAACUUGUUAUUAAGAUCCUACUGUAAAAUGAAGGCGGUUGUGGUUACUUUUAUUUUAUUUUGGUUGGGGUUUUUUUUUUUUUUUUUGGGGGGGGGGGGGGGGGGUUAAGUUUGGUUUUGUUUGUUUUUGCCUGUGCUUCCAUUAUCUAGUUUGUCCACAUGAGUUCUUCCUGUGAUGCCAUCUCCAAGUCCUGGGAGACCAUUUCUCUUGCUUUGUAUAUAUGUGAUUGCUGUGGGCACACCCUGUACUACUGUAUAAUAACAAAACUACUGAAGUCAUGAGUCUAGUUUUCUCGAUGUCUUAAACUAUGAGUGUUGGAAUUUAGGGUAUUAAACUGUUUGUGUAUACUUAAGGCAUUGUUCAGUUAAGAAAUAAAUGUGGCAUUUAUGCAAAUACUGGA